UUCUUUGUAUUUUUCUUGGUCUGAAUAAUGGCUUCAAGACGAAACAAUAGUUAUGGCAAUGGAGUAAAUUAUAACAAGAACAACACAAGAGGACCAUCUCGAGAAAGAAAUUAUAGACAAAACCCUAAGCAUAUUGAAAGUGAUUCUCGAGUCAUACAACUCUUGAGCCGUAUUUUCAAUGACGAAGACGACAAUUCUUUUACGCGUCGUGUUGCAAACGCAAACCAACUUUUAAAGCAACUGGAAGACUCUCGCAGCACAAUUUCUGACUCACUUGAGUUUCGACAGGAACAAAUGCAGCUACUGGACGUUUGUGUUCAUGAUGAGGGAUUGCGCCGCACAAUUGAAUUCCCUAAAGCACCUUCUGCUUUAAAAAAUACAUUGAUUAAGAUUGUAUCUGGAUUAGCUUGUUAUACUCGCUUAGAUCUUGCUUUGAGUUGGGUAUUUGAUAGAUUGUCUGUUUGGCCAGCAAGCAUGAAUGAUGUCCAUAAAGAUCGAGAAUGGAAGAAAUGGCUUUUGCGCUUAUUAAAGCAGAUACUUGUUGAGUCUGCAGAAGAUCAAUACACAUAUAAGCAAACAAUGGAAAUGUCACCUAUGAUUUUGGCUGGAGUGAUUUCAUUUCUUGACACAAUGGACUCGCCAGACUAUUUACCGAUUAUUGUAGAGAUUCUUGUCUAUUUCUCAGAGAGUUGUCAGAAUUUGUUUGGACAGCGUUUCAAGGAUAUUAUUGACUUGCUUGUGGGCUGGAAUAUGGACCCUGAAUUAUCUGAUUCAAAAAGAGCAAUUAUUCUCGAAUCAUACACUAAAUUCGACAUGUAUUGGGCUAACUAUCUAUCUUUUGCUAUGGAAUUACUAUCCCAUUUUCUGAAUGAUAUCGCAAGCACCGAGGACAAGAAAUUAAAGCAAUGUUUGGAUAUUUUUGGAUGUUUUGAAGCCAUUCUACAAACAAUUAGCCCUUUUCUGGCCAAUAGCCAAAGAAUGCUUGGAUCUGCUAUUGAUAAACUGCUUGUUAAUGUUUUAUCAUUGACUGAUGCAUUCAAAGAUCACAAAUGGAUAGAUACAUCCAUUACUAUUCUUUUGACAUUGGCUUCCUUUGAUCCAGUUGCCUACCGAACAUACCAGUAUCAAAUAUACCAUAUUAUUGUUGAACAACCAAUACGUGGUACUCAAGCAUUUAUGAACACCCUGAUGCACUUUUUAGAUUUGUGGAACUAUGAUAUAGACGAAAAUAUCGUAUUUCACUUGCUUCAACCUGAUACAUCUCCUUUGCUUUCACUAAGAAAAGAAGGCAGCCUUAUUACAUUGGUACGAUUUCUUGUUCAGGUGCCUAUAUCUACAACUAUGCGAGCAACUAUCAAUCAAAUGUGCAUUAAAGAAUGCCAGCACCAUCAAUUAUAUAUUCAACAGUAUUUUGAUCAGACAGAUGAAGCCUAUAUAUUGAAACGAACGCAAGCCGCUUAUAGUAAACAUACAAACUUGCUAAUCAACAGUCAUGAGCAAUCAAAAGAAUCGACAUCAGAAGAAAUACUGUUUACAUAUUUCAUGCUACUUACUAUGGGCUAUACAUGGCCAGAACAUCGUCAUACAAACAUGCUCAUCUCCACUGGACUACUUUGUGCAUUAUGGCAACACAAAGUGAAUGAUGUGUUUGAUUCUUGUUUUGAUUUAUUCAAAACCUAUGGGGCUUCCUUGAACUAUAUGGUGGAAGAACUUGAACUUGAAUUUAUUGUUGAUCUUUUGGACUUUUGGCCAGAAUUAAGUUUACAAACAAAAGAAUCCAUUCAUCUAUUUGUGAAACAUGCUUUGACAGCUCUGUAUGACAAUCAAGUUGGCAUUACGGCUACAUUUAAGCUCAUCAUGGCUGGGUUUUUGCAUGCUGCUGGUGUUGAAAAGGACAAUGAGUUAAAGAGUGCACUUCUCAAUCUUGUCACUUACUAUUGUCAAUUGUUUGGUUCUGCAGACAUGGUUGAUUUAAUUCUUAAACAUGUCCAAAUAAGCAUCAACAAUCCUCAUCCUCAGGUCCAAAGAGCAAGUAAAGACUUACUUAUUGCUCUUAAUCCCUUUGCGAUUACACAAGUCCACAAAAUCAAUGACCCUUCAAGUACAUUUGUUCAAAGUCUUAUCAUGGCUAGUCCACAUACAGGAUCAUUUCGUCCUGUUCAUUAUGAAAUUGCCAUGCGGCAUUUAGGCAUGGCUAGUCAGUUGAUUGGAUCUGACGAGCAAAACAAACUGACUUAUGAUCAAGUGCCUUCAGAAUGGGCAAGGCGCUUAAUUCAUUACUGCGAUACUUUUGGAAAUCUGAAAAAUGUCAGCGCAUAUAGUGAACUCAAUCAAGUCAAUAUCAAUGAUAUCAACAACAGUGAGCCUCUAUUGUAUUAUUGGGUCAUGUGGGAAUCUGCAAGAUAUUGUAUGUUGUCUAGGCUAAGGACACCUUUUGGAGGACCACAACAGACAUUUGCAGCAUUCGAGCGCAUGUUGCAAUCACUUUUGUUAAAUGAAAAUACUAACCAAAACCUUGACCAUGUUCGCCACCUUUUAUUAUUGUUGGAUCGCCUUGAACUUCAAAUAUCAAAUGCAACAGAUGGGUGUGCUACAAACGCUUUACCCGCUGUUCCUCGCUCAAGCUUGAUCUUUUUUAGAACAAACAAGAAGACAUGCCAUGAUUAUUUUUUGCGUAUUCGACCCAACAUGAUUGCUGGUGCAAAGCUCAUAAGCAAUGAUCACAUGUUAAUUUAUCAUACCCAACAACUUUUGAAAGAAAUGGAAUCACAUAUACCUCAUACUGAAGAAAUCAUACCAUGGUUCAAAGAACUCAACAAAUAUAUGUGUGAUCUAGUGGAAGCAUGUAUUAAAGAAAAGUAUAUGGACUUGAUUUACGGUCUGCAAGCAUGGUACAAGAGACUCAUUAGAAAAGCAAGCCAAAAUAUGGCUGAAUUUAACGAGAGAUGGUCUUUUGAAGGCUUUAUUGGUCCUAUUGAAAAAAAGGACGAAGACACAAAGACAUCGACGACUUGGUUUCAAGUGGCAGCCAUGUUUGCUUCAGGUCGAGAUGAAGCAGCCAUCAAGUCAUUGAAUGCUUUGAAAUCAGUGAUCAAAACAGACGAUUUUGGGAUUCUAAAAAUGCUGGAAAAGCAUGCUGUUCAUUUUUACACUUGUUUGGAAGAUUAUGAUGCACUGCAAAGAAUGCUCGAUGCUGGAUCGACUGUAAUUGAUGAUUUUAUUUGCAACAGUUUACGCUCCUUCAAUGAAGAUAGCCUGACGUCUGCACAAUUCAUUUCAGCUACAGAACUCCAACAUUUCAUCCAAGUUGCACCAUUAGAAUCAUGUCUUGAACUUGCCCGUCUAUACAAAUUUAGAGAUUCUAUGAACAUUAAUUUUGAUAUGAACUCGCAUUUGACUGAACGCAUCUUACAAACACUCAAAGAAGGCAUUUAUACCAACAUUUCUAGCCUAAUUGAACUUCAACUGCUUGAAACUGAUGCACAUAGCUUGGUUGCCAGUGCUAAAGACUGGUUGAAUAUGUCAUCUGGAUACACUUAUCACCAUUUGCCACCUGAUACAAAGCAUUGGGCAAGACUUUCGAUUGAUUUUGAGCGAUUGCACCAUAAAAAUGAUCAAUUAGACAUAUCUCACUGUCUUGGAUUCGUUCAACUUCAUUCAGCUAAAGUAGCUCGUCGACAAGGCAAUAUUGCUCUGGCUGAAACAUUGAUUAAGAAGGCUGUUGUCCAUGCAGAUACCAAAUAUCUCGCUCUUUACGAACAAACCAAAGUCUCUUUUUUACAAUCGGAUUAUACUGGAGCAAUGAAAACAGCAAGUGAUGUAUUGCUCUAUCUGACAUCGGUACAAGGCUAUGAUGAACUCAAAAGUAAAACGUAUCUUAAGGUUGCUCGAUAUUUAAAGAAUUGUCCUGAAACUGAAGUGGAUGGCCUUUUACAACAAUUGGAUCCAAGUCUAGUUAAGAUGGAAGCAAACGAUUUGCAAUCAUCUGUUGAAGUGUCAAUUGAUGAUGCAUUGCAGAAAUCAAUUGAGAACAAUACAGUAGACGGAAGGCCCUGGUUUGAAUAUGCUACUCAUUUCUAUAAACAAGGAUGGCGCAUCUUGGAUGAACUUCUUCGACCUGAUCUUACAAUGCCUAUUGUACUAUGGGCAAGUGAAAAGAUAAAGUCUGUUUUAAAAGAUGAUUCACUCGAUACCAAGCUUAUUGAAAAGACCAUCUUCAAUCUGCUUUCAAAGUAUUCAACUAAUUUUGGAGAAAAGAAAUUAGGAUCUUCUGGCAGCUUUGUUGCUGAAUUGCAUCAAAUUACACCUUUCUUGGACAAAUCUAGUGAAGGAGUCAUUAUAGAAGCAUUGGAUGUCUUACAAACGACCAUCGUUUCUAAAUUUCAUGCUUCUACAGAAGCUUAUUUUCGCUACCUGUCAUUAGACAUUCAUAACAAAAACUCUGAGAAUAACGAGCAUAUCAGUUCUACUUCUAUGGUGAUUACAGCUACACUUCGUCUUUUACGUAUUCUUACACGGUAUGGAGAGUCUUUGCGGUCGCUAUAUACAAAACACAUCAAUAUUGUACGCAUUGAUCUUUGGAAACCUGUCAUUCCCCAGCUGUUUGCUCAAUUAAAUCAUCCCAAUGACUUUGUUCGCUCAAUCAUCAGCAAACUUAUCAGUCGUAUCUGUGAUGAAUAUCCUCGAGAAAUCAUUUAUGAUGUGAUUGUUAACUCUACUUCUACAAAGACAAACCAUAGUACAAAACAGAAUUUGACAGCCAUUGCUAACCGAAUGAUGGACAGAAACGAGCUAUUGUGGGUAUCUACAAGUCGUAUGGCAGAAGAACUCGAGAAAAUCACUGUAUUAUGGGAAGAAAGAUGGUUAAAUAAGAUUGCUUCGUUACAAUAUGAUGCUAUGCAGCAAUUCACAAAACUGGAUCAAGAAAUUGAACGUCUUUCAAAGAAAGAUGAAGCUGCUCAGUCUGAAAAGAGUUUUCUGGAAAUAUACGAAAGUUUGAUGAAAUUCGUUGUAGCUUCUAUCGAUAAACUAUUUGAAGAAACAAUGCAACAAGAUACAACUGUUCUUACACCACAUGAAAAAUGGUUCCAACAGACGUAUGGCAAGCAACUGACACAUGCUUAUGAACUGCUUCAAAAGCCCACUUGUAUGAAGGAGUAUCGUCAAGGUUGGGAAUGUUUCCAAAAACUUCAUCGACAAUUAAUGGCAGAAACACACAAAUUCCGUAUUCUGGAGCUUGAUCAAGUUUCUCCAUACUUGUACAACAUGAAGAACACUCCUAUUGGUAUACCAGGUCAUCAUGAGACAAAUGCUUCAUGUCGUAUUGAUUCUUUUGGGACCAAUGUCAUCAUUCUUCCUACAAAGACCAAGCCAAAGAAACUCAAUUUGCGAGGUACAGAUGGUGAGAAAUAUCCCUACCUCUUUAAGGGCCUUGAAGAUCUUCAUUUGGAUGAACGUAUCAUGCAACUCUUGACUACUACAAACGGCCUUCUUAGUGAAAACGGUGCUACAGCACUCCGAGGCAUGCGUGCAAGGACGUAUGCUGUUAUCCCGUUAAGUGAUCACUCUGGUAUGAUCCAAUGGGUCAAUGAAGCAACUCCACUCUUUGCUCUAUUCAAAAAAUGGCAAAAAAGAGAAUCCACUGCUCAUAUGCUCUUAGCAGGCGAUAAUAAGCCUAACGAAGCCUACUUGCAAAGCCUGAUGCAACGACCUACAGAGAACUUUACUGCCAAAGUAGCUUCUGUCUUAAAAUCAGCAGGCUUACGUGUUACUGCCAACAGACGUUAUUGGCCAAAAGAUGUAUUGAAAAGAGUCUAUCUUGAAUUGGUCAAAGAGACUCCCGGCGAUUUGAUAGAGAAAGAAAUCUAUUAUUCAAGUUCAAGUGCAACAGAAUGGUACAAGAAGAGUACUUCUUUUGCUCGUUCUUUGGCUGUUACUUGCAUGAUUGGCUAUAUUAUUGGUUUGGGCGAUCGUCACUUGGAUAAUAUGAUGGUUGAUUUUCGUUCAGGGGAAGUCAUUCAUAUCGACUAUAAUGUGUGCUUUGAAAAGGGCAAGAGGCUACGUGUGCCCGAACUUGUGCCUUAUAGAUUGACUCAGAACUUGUAUGGUGCUCUUGGUAUCAUAGGUGUGGAUGGUCCAUUUAAAGCAGCUGCUGAAGAAACGUUGCGUGUUCUGAGAAAACACAAAGAAGUGUUAAUUACCCUAUUAGAUGCAUUUGUGUAUGAUCCAUUAGUUGAUUGGGAAAAUGGAACUGUGGAAGCAGGAUACAGACAAGUGAUGGAACUUCAAGCUAAUUUAGGAUUAGUUGCUACUCGUAUUACAGAAAAACAAGUAGAACAAGAGAAAGAAAAGAAGGUUAUACUCGGUAGUCUCUCUGGCUUGAAGCACAAUCUACAUCAAUGGCAUGAAUCUGUAUUGUUGGAGGCAGAGUCCUUUAACGCAGAGGACGUUAGUGAUGAAGAAGAUCCUGUUCUUGAAAGUCGAUCUUCAUUAUCACCUCUUGAAAAUGAAGCACCUUCUUUUACAGGUCGACUUCCCAUGUAUAUUCUUCGUGAAGUACAUGACCAUUUGAACAAUGUUGUAUUACUUGUCAGCAAUACUAGAUCUUCUGUCGAAGGCAUUUCUCCUUUGCUUGAGAGUAUCAUUAUCAUCGAAACUGAUGCCGAUAAUGAACUUCGUCCUGCACAAAAGAGCGCCAAGAUGGCUCUUGAUUCACUUGCUACUAUGGACGCUGAACUGAAAAGACUAGAUUUGCAACUUGAAGAGAAAGAAAACUAUGAGUCAGAAUGGAGUUAUGAUCAACUUCUUGAAUUCAUUCAAACCAUCACAAAAUCUGUUCAAGAUUAUUUUUCUGCUCUCAAGACAUUAGAAGAAUUUGGUCCUGAUAAUAACAAGAAUACAGUGACAGAAGAAAAUGAAGACUUGAAUGAAGAGUCUCAAGAGCGAGUCGUUGUUAAUGCUAAUCAGCAUGCUUCACAAGGACCUUAUGUUAACAAAGUACCUACAAAUACUCAUGUCACAAAGAUCAUGAAACGAAUUCGAUCUAAACUGGAAGGCAUUGAUUUUGGUAUACAACAUAAAAUGAGUGUGAAUGAACAGGUUGCAAGAUCAAUUGAACAAGCUACUUCAGUAGAUAAUCUUUGCAUGAUGUAUGAAGGAUGGACAAGUUGGGUAUAAACAAAGUCAUACCAAGAUAUUUGACGAUAAAAGCAAUAAGUGAAAGGAACAGCAGGCAAAAAAAAAAAAAAAGAA